AAGAUAGAUAUCUCUGUCCUUGAAUCGAACUUCAAAGCAGACCAGAACUCAACUCAAGUCACGAAGUCAAAUCUAGUUUCUUGUGUGUUAGAGAAGCCAUGAAAAGUGCUUCGGUUUUUCUAAUUCAUAGCUUCCAACAUAUCUACAAAUUCAGACCAAACCUACAUCUUCUACUCCGUGUAAACUCCAUUUUCGAAGCUGCUUCUUCUUCUUCCUCCUCCUCUUCUCUAGUCUCCACAGAUCGAAAAAUCUCCACUUCCUGCAAAACCUAUGGCAGGAGUAAGUUCCUGGAGGCGGCAGAGACCACAGAUGGGAGGAUCAGUUUGCUUAAGGAGAUGGAGUCUUCCUCCUUACAAGGCAAUAACGAGGUAGCUCAAUCUGCUCUGAUAAUAGGAAUCCAUCUCUACCGCUUAGGUGAGGAUCCUGAAAAGAUUCUGUAUCACGCUCAUAAGUCUCUUAGAGAAUUCGAUGCAGAUGAGCCUUGUUUGUUUGUUGCCAUGGCAAUGCAAUUGAUUGGAACCGCUAGCUACGCCUUAAACCGGUUAGACGAUAGCCUACGGUACCUUCACAGAGCAAGUCAGAUUCUAGACAAGUUAGUGGCAGAGAGUAAUGAUGAUGAUGAUAGUGACGUUAGAGCGGUGUUAAAGACUGUCAAGAUGGUGCGUGAUAGCGUUGAGAAUAGAAUGGGAGAGCAAGAGGAUGCUGUUGAGGAAUCAUUGAAUAGUUUGGAGACCAAAGAGAAGACUCUGGAGGAAGACAGCAAAGAGUUGGGUGUUGCCAACAGAAGCGUGGCGGAUGCUUUCGCUGCGGGUUUCAACUUCGAAGCAGCGUUGCCAUACGCGUUGGAGGCGUUGGCUAUACAUAGAAAAGAGGUUGUGAACAACUUGGCCGAGGUUGCCAAGGACAGACGGCUUCUCGGUGUUAUCUACGGUGGGUUAGAGGAACACGACAAGGCGAUCGAGCAGAAGGAGUACUUGUUGGAGAAUCGACAAGAUGAGGUUGCUCUGUUGGGAAAAUACGAGGAAGACAUCUCUGAAGGUGUAGCAAAAGAAUCUGACAAGGACGUUGAGAUGAGAUCUGUUGUGCUGGUAUCCAUGUCCAAGGCGUUGUUGGUGAAGCGACGCAAGUUUGCUGAUGCGAACAAGUGUUUGGAGUUUUCUUGUGGUGUUCUUGAGAAGAAAGAGAGAGCAUCGCCUGUGGAAGUUGCUGAGGGUUACUCUGAGAUAGCGUUGCAGUACGAGUCGAUGAGUGAGUUUGAAACAGCGGUUGUGUUGCUGGAGAAAACGUUGUGUAUACUAGAGAAACUCUCUCAAGUGGAAGAACACUCUAAAGGAAGUGUUUCCGCGAGGAUAGGGUGGCUGCUUUUGUUAUCAGGUCGAGUCUCUGAGGCCGUUGCUUAUUUGGAAAGUGCAGCUGAGAGAUUGAAGGAAAGUUUUGGUCCCAAACACUUGAGUGUUGGUUAUGUUUACAACCUUCUCGGGGCUGCUUAUAUGGAGCUCCAAAGACCUCAUCAAUCCGCUGCUCAGAUGUUUGCAGCUGCUAAGGAUAUCAUCAUCAAUGGUGGCCAGCAGAGUCCUUCUCAGCUUUUUAUACCAAAAUUUGCAGUGGAGUUCCAACAACUGGUGAUUGGUAACUGGGACAACCAUGGAGACAGCACAAAAGAUGAGCUUAAAGAAGUGAAAAGGUUUCUCGAGGAGUUACGUUUGAAAGCUUCGAGACAAAGAGAUAGUGACUCAAUGAUCACAGAGUUUUAGAUGAUCACUGGGACUGCAGAUCAUAGAGUAAAGCUUUAACCCAAAUAAGAUACAUGUUGGUGUGUUCUUGGAAAGAGUUUAUAAAAUAUGAGUUGGUUACGACAGUCUACAUCUACAUGAAUAUAUAUGUAUUGAUGUAUUAUUAUUGGUUUCACUCGAGCAAAACAAUGAUCA